AUGGGAAUAGACUACGAGCACAUGAUGGCCGUACUUCUUCCCUCAGGUAAGUCAAGAAGACACUUCGGCUAACUUAUAAACCUUCCCAUUUGAUAAAUUAGCAGUGAAGCAAUGAGGAAUGGCUGAAGAGGGAGAAAUAAAUCCUCUGGACUCGUGUACUCCCUCAAUUCGGCACUACUUUUCGUAUGAACAGAAAUAGGGCAGAAACUGGUUAACAAUCGGGAGCAAAAACUCCAUUGGAAGGGAAAAUUAAAUUGGAGAGCUGGAAGACUAAGUAAUUAAAUGUUAAUUCAUUGUUAAUAAGUAAACAAAUUUAGCAUAAUUUAUGCAAUGUUAAGAAACCUAGUGACCGCCACACACCAGUAAUUCUGAAUUGUCAAUCUAGGCAUGGAUAGCUACAAGGUAAAUUUUCAGGGAUUCUUCUUAGCGAUCUUCGCAAACUGUAACAUUGCAUUUAAUAUUGAAAACAUCUUUCCUUUAAUAGCUGCAUCAGAGGCUUGGAAAGGGAGCGCAGGGAUCUGUGUUUUUGGCAGAAAACAAGCACGAUAAGGUCCUCUAUGUUUUGAAGAAGGUAAACCAGACUUACUAAUUCAUUAAUUACACAUAAUAGCAUGGUCAAAACAAAUUUCCAUUGAUCCAACCUGCAAGUGCUGUCGUCCUAAAGCUUCAUGUGACCUAAAAACCGAAAUCCAGCGAACAUGGUAAGAGACAGCUUAAGUUGUAAUAGCCAUGUAAGCUUAGAUUUGUGCCAGUUGCCAAAAUGUCACAUACGUACAUUCCACGGUAGUUGUUUUAAGUAUUUGCAGUAUUUUUCCUAGAAACUAUUCCCAUUUGCAGCAAAUCAAGUAUUUUUAUUAUGUACGCCGUACUGAUUAGAUCGAACAAAAUAUUUAACAUCAGGAAAUAAAGCAAACAGAGUUCUCGUGAUGAGUACAACCAGGGGAAAAAGUUGUUAGUGUAAGAAUAAUUUGUAAAUAGAAUAGAAAAGAAAGUCAGACUUGUUAAAACAACAAGUAAAUCCUUUUCAACCUGAAUGUAUAUUUAAAAUGAAACGUAGGUUUUUUGAGACGUUUUGUAGAACGUGAAUUUGGCGCUAAUCCUCAAAGAAUUUGUGUGGUGUUGAAUGGCAUUAAGUAGCCAGAUACGCAGAAGUACUUGAAACGAAUAGAUUCUUUCAUUCUGCACCACGACGCGAGAGUGUGGUGGGAACAAGAAGAGUGGCACAAGAGCUACGGACAACUGUGCCACUACUGAUGUUCUUUCCACGUCUUGAAGUCGUGUGUUACUCAGUCUGGAAAAAUCUUUGAGACACUUAAAGGAAAAAGAAACAGGAAAAAAGAUGGCUUGAAUUCAUCAGCCCAGCAAUCUUUUGAUAAACCUAUCAAACGGAAUUUCUUUGAUGUAGCUUAAAACUGAUAAACAGUAGUCUAACUUUAUUCAUCAGCACUAUCUUGUAAUCAUUAACAUCCUGUCAAAAAGGUUGAAAGCAUCCACUUCAUACAAUUACUAAACCUUAGCAGGAUUAAUGGCACCUCCUUUAGUGAAGCUGAGGAAAUUAGCGAUAGAGAUUUAAUUAAUGAAAUGAGACAUGGAUAACCAGGCAAACCAGUGAACACUUAAUAAGCGUGGCUGUGGGUUUAACUUGUGGACCUUUGGGUGUCAAGUUCAGUCUAUAACACAGCAUAGCCAAUUCUCUAAUCACUUGGGAGUUUGUAACUACUUUGGGCAUCUGUAGAAUGUUUGUUUUAUUCUUACCUCAUGCAUCAGUGUUUAAAAGCCCUAUUGUGGUUGUAGUUAAUUGAGAACAAAUUUUAAAAAAAAUUCUUCAAUAUUUAAACAAAAAGACUUGCUUUUAAAGAGGGCUUUUUGAGAGGCUUGAGAAGUCAGUUGCCAGGUCAUUGGUCUGUUUUGUUAUUCAUUUUGAUAGGUUGAAUGCAAUGAUGAAGGAGAGGCAAAUAAAGCAUUCCAUGAGGUAAAGUUUGGCUGCAUCCCUUUUAACAUAUAGAGGUGAAUUAUCUAAUGGGAACGUCAAAGGGUUUUAUAAUAAAAACUCUUUAUGGCACAGAGGAGGGGAGAGAAGUGAGGUUGCAAGGAGAGUGGAGGGGAAGAGUAAGGGACUGACAGUGGAGGAAAAAAACUCAGAGAGAGGAGCAAAGCUGAAUGUGGAACAAGCUAGUGUUUUAGAAAAAUAACUUUGCACAUAGAUUGGUAACUUUAGUAUCUAGGGGUUGAAACAUGUAUUUUACUUCUGUGACAGGCUGUGGCCUUACAAGAACUUCAACAUCCACACAAACACCCAUAUAUCUGUGGAUACAAAGAGUUUUUUGUAACAUGGGAUAAGGAGGUUUGCUUAUUUCAUGAAAUUCAAUGAUUUAUCUAUCAAGCACCACAUGAUCAGAAAUUUCAUUGUCAUCAAUACCAUCAGUAAAUUUAUAAUUGUAUAGCCAGACCCUAAGGUGCAGUGAAACCUUAAUUCUUGUGUCUGCUUACAAUUAUUGUCUAAUUAUAGAGCUGUUCGUGGUUUGUGAUAGCUGAGUUUAUCAACAGAUCUGGAUAAGUUAUGUUAUAUAUAUUGUGGUUCAAUUUUAUCCUUGGUUCAAAUUUUAAUUCCUUUGUUUCAAACUCAUUAUCAUACAUUACAAUACCCAAAAACAAAAGAGAAUAAAAUUUGAACCAAGGAUAAAAUUGAACCACAACAUAUACGUUCUGCACUCCUGUAUAUCAGAUUCAUCACCAUAUGUGUAUUCCUAACCUACGACAAUUACAGUUGAUUUCAAAAUUGUAUUGAGCUCAUUACUUUUUGAAACCCUUUUUCAGGAGGCAGCCAUGUUUGUAUGUAUUGUGAUGGAUUUUUACAAGAUGGGUGAGCUACCUGAUUUAAAUUAUUUUGUCACUGACAAGCCCUUUGCAUGUCAUAUAUUCAAAAAUUUAAUUUUAUAAACUUUAAGCCAUUUAUGUUUAAUGAAUACUUUGUCUCAUUGAACUUGUGAAGGUGACUUAGAUAGGGCCCUGAAGCAAAAACGAGCAAAAGGAGUUUCUAUACCAGAACUUGUAAGUAAAAAUAUAUAUCUUGGAAGUGAUCAUUAAAUCUAAUCCCAGCUGUUGAUGAAGCAAAAAAUACAGCCUUGUUACUUUCACAAGGACUAAAUGGGGGUAUGCAAAUCUGCUGAACCAGAUCCAUUCAACAAAAUGUGAAAUCUGAAUCCAUUUGCUACUUGACACAUGGAUUUGUGAAAAAACAAACCUUGAACUUUUUUGUGUUGACUAAACAACUUUUGGAAAAUUUUCCUUACCCUUUUUACAAGUAAACACUUAAGGUCUGUAUUAAUAAGCCAUAGAAAGUGGCUAUUAUGUGGGCUAAAGACCAUAAAGACUUGCCCCGAUUUAUAAACACAAACUGGAAUGUUUUGGCAAAAUUUGAUGAAAACCGGUUAAAUCUAUAUACCCUUUAAAAUCACUCAAAGUGGUUGUAUUUCUCCCAAAAUCAAAUGUGAGAUUUUUGCUCAUAAAGGUUUGCAGACAAUUUGCAUCACACUAGGAGAUUAUAUUGCAAUUACCUCUCCAUAAGCAAAGAGCUUCCGUGUGUGAAUUUUGUAAAGUGGGUGAUGUAGAUGAAAUAUGGAAAUAGCAUGAAAAAAAAGGCCCCAAGAUGAGCAGUUGCUGUGAAAAUUCCACCGGAGCAUUCACCUUGGUUUGAGAUUACAACACUUUCCUGAUUUAUUAACUUUUAUUUGAAAAUACAUUUUUCUAAAUAUCUCAGGUGCUUUAAAUUCAAGAUUUAAGAAAUUUUUUUAUGGAAACAUGAGGUUGAAUGUUUGAAUUGAGUGUAGUCUUGAAAACGAAAGAAAAAUCAAUUUUUUCGGCCUCUGAAGGUGGAAAGUAACCUUAAGUCAGAAGGAAAUUUUCUUUUGCCCUCCCAUUAUAAAGUUAAUAAUCUGAAGUGAAUCUUAUAGUAUUUUUAUUUCUGCUGUACUUUAUGUUAUCAGGUAAUAAAAAAGUGGUUUGGUCAAAUGGUUGAUGCGCUGACCUGGGUUCAUGCCAAGAGUAUGAUUCACAGGUAACCCACUCUGAACGAAGGUGUUUGCAAGUUUUUCCACUUCAUAAAAAAAUUUGAAUUACAAGUUACUUCUGCUAGUACAUUUGCAAAGACCUGUUAAAAUUAUUGAUUAAAAUAAUUUCUUCGUGUUUCUGUUACGCAAGGCUGAUGUUAUCAAACAUGUUUUUCUCCCAUUGGCAGGGAUCUUAAGCCAAGUAAUAUUUUUCUUGCUGAGGAUGGAAGCAUUUCAGUUGGUAAGUCACUGAUCUGAUCUAAGUGAUGCUAUCUCUAAAAGUUGUCCUCUGGCCUUUGCAGCUGUGCUCACUUUUAAGUUAUAAACCUAUAACUUAGGACUUAGAAACUGUAAUAGAUUCCUCAAGAGUGUUUUCACUGUUAAGUCUUUCUUUGAAAAACACAAAGAGGUGUAAGGCUUUGUUCUUAGAUUUGUGGACCCCUGUUCAGCAUUGGCCUGUGGUUAUUUAUGGUUUUUUCUAUUAGAAUAACAACCAAAUGAUUGAAAAUUUUAAAAACUUGGAUAUCAUGAUGAUACCACAAUUUCUGAGUAAAAAAGUGAAAAUUUGGCAAGUUUAUAAUGUGUACACAUAAGAGCUUCAAAUGGUCACAUGUCAUUAUGUAUUUUCCAGUGGUGUCUUUAUGAAUAAAUAGUUAGUUGACUACCUCAUUAGAUGGGUUUGACACCUUAGUUGAUAAGUUCAAACAAAGGCUAACUAAUGCAAAUGAUCUUAUGUGUUUAUGCCAAUCUUUAUUCUUGAAUGUACCUUUUGUUGGAAUUUAGACACAAAUAUAUUUCAUUUAAUGUAUUGAAUAUAUUUUAUAUCACAUGUCUCAUUAAGAUGACUAAACUAUAUUUAAUGUGUUUUUGACAUCAGGUGAUUUUGGUGUUUCAACCAUUAUGGAUGAUGCAAGGACUCGCACACGAACAACAGUAGGUGUGUCAUGUCCUUAAUUAAUCAUCCUUCAUUAACUUAUAUUUGAGCUUUCAAUUGAUAUUGUCAACAAUUAUUUAUAAGAAUUUUUUAUCAAUGAUUCUUGAUAGGUAAACAGUCAAUGAAUCUUAGUUUUGGUAUUAUUUGAUAUAAUUGUUUUGACAAUAUUGUUUCUGUAUGUCAGACACUGUCUUAGGGGCAGUAAUCUCCCUAGAUGCAUUCUCUCUGUUUCCAAACAGUCACUGACAUAUCAUUGUUUCCUGUGAUUUACUUUGGAUCAGAGUACUCACAUUUGUUUUAUUAUAUAUCUCCUAUCAUUUUAAAGUUCUUUGCUGUCUCUGGUGAAGGAGAAAAUGCAAUGCCUACUAAGCAGUUAUUUUUAUUUAGGAACAAUGAACUGGAUGGCACCAGAGGUACUAGAGAGGCCGUAUCCUUUUCAACAAUUUUGAAAAUAUUGUAAUACGUUUACUUGUUAGCCUACUUUAAUGUGAAAUCAGUUUGGCAAAUCACUUUUGAAUCAUGAUUACUACAUUGUAUUCCAUCAGAGAUUCUUUGCAGUACUUGUGAUCUUCAUUGUCUGGAGAGUUUCUGUAUGGUUUGAUUAUUUGUAAUCUGUGUGAUUGUCUGUGAUGUACAUUUAAUGGUUUUCAUUCUGUGAGUGACAAACUGUGGUUUAUGACAAACAACAGUAUGAUCCUUACAAGUGUACUGCAUUGAGUGCCAAAAAGGAGACAUGAAAAAAUUCAAGCUUCAAUAGAGUUAAAGGCAUGACUUCCAGUUUGGUGCUGCUACUGAGCUAAAAAGCAACCUGUUGAGAGUGAAUAUAAUUUUAGUGGGUGAAACAAAUUUUUAUGAUUUAUUUCACUUGUUUCAUUUCUUUAUGGGGAACAAAGAAGGAGGAUCAUUUCAUUUGUUGAGUUGUAUCAAUCUACUGAUGUGUAGUUCACCUAUCCUAUGUCCUUCAUGUCUACUAUUCUUAAUGGUUGCAAGAUAUGAUGAACGGAGUGAUGUCUGGUCACUUGGAUGCAUAGUUCUUGAAUUAGCCACUUGUGGCUUCCUGGAUGUGAGUAACUGAAUGUUAAAAAUGUGAUCAAUGGCAUCAAAAUUAAUAAAGUUUAUCAAGGCAUUUUUAUGCUGGUAAUACAUAUGCAGGUGCAAGGAUAUUUUUUGUUUUAAAAGAGGAUUUACCAUUUAAAACAUAUAUUAAAUUUGUUGCUUAAAUUGUCAUCUGUAGAACAGUUACUUUACAUACCAGUUUAACCAUGAAAGGAUUGACAACUUUCAUAAAUAAUUUGUUCUUCUUUUUAUACCAAACAUUCUUCUUAGCAAUCAUUUAGUAAUACUAUAGAAUCUAGUUAUAGUAUGUGAAACAAAUUGAUUAGUGUAUUUGAGAUGCCUACAAAGACUUUGUUUUUCUGGUGUUGCAGCAAUCACAGAUAUCUUCAAAACUCUUUCAAAUCAAGCAAUCUCCUCAAGAACUAGAAGAUGUUCUUAAAGAAGUUGAGAAGGUCUGUUUAUCUCUAAAAAGGGUAAUUUAGUGUUAUCAACUGAGUUGAAAAUGUAAACUUGCCACCAUAAAGAGUUUAAUGGCUGACAUUUCAAGCGCUGGCCCUUCGUCAGAGCAAAGGGCCCUUCCGAUCACUCAAAAUGUCAGCCUUUAAACUCUUUACAGUGGCUAAUUUACAUUUUAAACUUAGUUGAUAACACUUAAUUACCCUGUUUUACUUUCCCACUGAUGCAGCACCACAGUUUCUCUAGAAACUUACCCCCUUUAUUCAUUUAUCUCUAAAAGGGUAAUUAAGUAUUUUCAACUGAUUUGAUAAUGUAAAUUGACCACUGUAAAGAGUUUCAAAGCUGACGUUUCAAGUGUUAGCCCUUCACCAUUUGUUCUGAGGAAGGGCUAACGCUUGAAAUGCUCGCUUGGAAACUCUUUCAGUGGCCAAUUUACAUGAUUAACUCAGGUGAAAACAUUUAAUUACCCUGUUAUAUUCUCUGACCCAUGCAGCACCACAGUUUCUUUAGAAACUUAAUACCCUCUUAAAUAAUUUAUCUCCUAAAAGACUUUUUAUAAUAACAUUACUUUUGAUUUUUUAUGAGCACAUUUUUGUAUUUAAGCCAUAUUUGCUCAGAUUAAGUGAUCAUUAGCGAGAGGGAGUGAAUUUUCUUUCAUUUUGUUGUUUCUUUUUCAAAGUUUAAUUAAGCAGCAUAUCAUAUAAAAGCCAAAUGCUUCACUUCGCUUCUGGUUGUAAAGACAAUGGGGUAGUCCUCGAGUGUUAAUUUUUUUGUGUAAUUCAGUAGACAGCAUACAUUCGUUGUGUGCCUAAUCACUUGUGAGUAAUUAUACCAAGUAAACAGACUUUAUACUCACAAUCAUAAAUAUUUUGCCAAGACUCCAGUUGGAGUUCUGAUGUGGUAACGUGAUAUUUUCAUUUAAAUAUUACUUUAUUACAAUUGUUUUUUGUAGGCAUACAAAACAAAAGAUGCUAAAGAUCUCUGCCAGACUAUUCGAAUUAUGCUUAGAAGAAAUUUCCAACAAAGACCUACCAUGAAGUAAGAAUUUUAUAAACUUUCAAGCAGCCAGUCACAGAAGAUAACCAAGAUAAAAAUUGAAGUUACUGUAGUUUUUUAAUGACAUAUUGCAGUUACAAAAGUGGAUAAUUUAUCAGCCUAUUUUUCUUCCUUAGAAAUGACAUAUCAAUAUUUAUGUUAAAUGUGGUCUGCUGCCACCCAGCUCUCCCGCUUUGUUUCUUGAUUGUGGGCAUCCAGGAUUUAUGUUCUUAUUACAAACUUAAUCAUGAAAUCAUGAGCAAUUAUUUCAUUCAUCUCGUGAUUAAUUAAAAAAUCACAACUUAUACUAAGGACUUGACAAAGUAGCUAAUUAAGAACGAUUUGUUCAGAUGGUCUUGCCUAAUUCUUUUCUUUUUUAAUCAAAAACAGUUACUUUGUAUUCUCACUUGUGGGACAAUUUUUGCCUGUAGGGAACUGGCUGAGCUGCCGUAUGUUAAAGGUUGUAUUGCACUGACUAGUAAACAGCCAAAAGGAACAGGGGCUGCUACCAAAGGAGCAAGAAAAGAUGGUAUGUGCAACCACAAGAUGUUCCAUAGAUACAGUUGGCUAAGGUUAAUAUAUUAUAAAAAAUUUUGUUGUUUAUAUUGUUUUCAAAUGGUUUUUAUUUUUUCCACAGCUGCAAAACCAGUACCCAAAGAUAAGGGUGUGGCAGGUGUUCUUGGUAAAUAUUUAUCCAUCAAUAUUUGAACAUUUCUAAAAUAAAAUUUCUGAAUAGCUUGUGAGGUAAACAAUAUCUUGAGUUUGCUGUGUUGAGUGGUUAGGUUUAUUUUUUUUUAGAACUUCUUACGAAUAAGUUGCUUAGAUGAAUUAAAUGUUUUCUUUUUUUCAUAUAUCCAAACAACAGAUUACAUGAAGAAAAACAAGGAUAGUGUAGCUUGUCAGGUAACACAAUAAAGCCGGUUCCUUGGUUCUCCUCUUUCCCUGUGGCUAUUACCUCAUUUUGCUAAAUAGCAAAAAGUAAUGAGAAGAUUUUAACACUCUUUUAUUAAUUAAAAGUAAUUUGUAAAAGCAUGAAUAAAAUGAGAUAAAAUGUUUGUUGAAAAAUAUGAACAACUUGUGAUGCUGACCUGUCCAGUCAGAUGUUUCAAUGUUCUGUCUUUUAUUCUUGUGACAGGUCCAAGCUUUGAAACACCUUGAACAAAUUACAAGGAAGCAAGGUAUUUGUGUGGACAUAACUCUCUUGUAGUGUUGUGUGUUCCCAUCUGAGCUGUGAACUAUUUAUGACUCAAGCUUGUUAAUUGUGUAGGAUUAUUUGGGAUCAGGUGUUGUUAUUCUUUGGGAAGCGGCAAAGUGUAACAGUGCAAGAGUCGGCAGUCAGGAAACAAAGACAAAAGAGAAACAAUCAAUUUUUUGCGAUCUUGAUACAAUUGCGUAUAAACAGCAACAUAAACUGCAUUUUAACUGCAUGCAAUACUGAUCCUAAAGUGUCAGGAGUAGCACAAUUGGUCCUCAUUGUAAAGGUAUCAAUCCUAUUGAAACCACAGACUAAAGAAAAAAGUCCAGUUCAGUGAGAGUGAUCACUCUUAUCAAAAGAAAACAUGAUCACUAGUUUCUAAAAUGGAAGGAGGCCAAUAUAUGCUUAUUGGAGGGGAGUGGCCAAUUCAAGUCAUUUUUGCAUUCAUACUUAAUAUCCUAUAUAUAUAUAUAUAUAGAUAGAUAGAUAGAUAAUAUGUUAUACUAUAUAUUAUACAUUAUAUUAUACAUUAUAUUACAUAUUUGUAAGGCAGGUUCCGCAUAGUUUUGUCUUGUUUUGAAUUUUGAAUGUUUGCCUUGAUUGCAGAUGUUUCAUUAAACAAAAAAGCAAAGCAGCAAAUUGCAGAAACCAUGACAAAUGAAAACAAAAAACAGGAUCCAUCCAAAGAUGUUCACCUUCAAGCCUUGAAGAUAUUUAUUAAUCUUUUUCCACAUGGUGAGGAAUUAUUACUUGUUUAUAUGAAGUGGAACAGUGGCCCACUGCUGGAAUUUUAUGCCUCUAUGAUUUGGAGGAAUGUCCAGUACAUGUUAAUCAAGCUAUAGCAUGCUUGAUGUAGCAGUUGUUUUGCAGUAAACUUUCCUUCUUUCUGGUUAGAGAGCAUGUGUGAGAGUGCAGGUGGCAAGGUGCUUAUUAAAAUUCAAAUAGAAAGUAUGGUCACAUACAAAGACGGCUGAGACGUGGUGAAAACUGCUUGAGAUUUUUGACCAAAAGUUCUGUUGCCUGGAUUCUUAAGAGUUUGUAUUUAGCAGGAACAACUGCAGAAUAUGAAGCUACUAAAGUUUAUUUUAUCUGCAUGCUUUAACCCUAUGACCCCUUGGAAUGACAAGCACUUCAUUUGUCUUCUCAGUUUCAUCCCUGAUUCAUGCAAUAAGGUCACACAAUUAAAGGAAACAAUCACCAAUUAAAGGAACUCUUGAUUUUUAAACAAAUAUCUCCUCGUCAACACCUAAGGAAAUAUAGAAAACAGUAUGGAGAAUAUGCAUUCUGAUGUUGGGUGUAAAGGGUUAAGGAACAUAAAAAAGGAAUAAAGGAUUUUUCAUGUUAGUUGUAAAGAAGUGGUCUUUUAUUUUGUUGCUUUACUACAGGAUUGUUUUAAUAUCUUUUUUGCUUUUCAGCUGAUGAUAAUGAUGUCAUGUUCACAGAGGAGAUUAUUCGCCCUGUUCUUUCAGCAAUGAAGGUGAGUUAUUGUGAGGGUUAUGUAAUUAAAAUUGUUCCUCAAUCUGAGAGUCAAAGGAAUUCCUAAUUCAGUGCCUGUUUCAUACCCUCCAUAUUGACAGUUUCUUGCUGAAUUUUUCUCUCUGCCUGGUAGUCCCACAUAACUUCCUCUGAGCUCCAGUCUUGUGGAUGUCAGUUACUUAUGGCUCUGUCAGCUGAGGGUAAGUUGGGGGAACCAACUGUGUCUGAUGGUCAUUCAUUUCCAAGAAUUAAAGCUGAGUAUAGAAAUUAAUGAAAAUCAGAGUAAGAAAACAAACUAUCAACUGAAAAUUAUCUCACGAUGCAGUAAGAAUUGACAUUGAACCUGUGAGAUAUCAAAUUCAAAUCUUCAGAUUCUCAUGAAAAACUGUCCAUCUUAUAAUUAACUUUGCCUUCUUCUAAGAUCUGGCCUCAGCUGGAAAAGUUCAAUUUUAACUUCUUUUACAUUUAAUUAUUAUUUUUGUGGAUAGAGGCAGCAGGUGAAAUAAUCGGUCAAUAUGGAGGAGUGCAGGAUUUGUUAUCAGCACUGCGAGCAUUCCCUGACAACAAAAGCAUUGCAUCAAACUGCUGUGGUGCUCUGUGGAGUCUGGCUGUUAGCGGUAUGGCAACAAAGAUUUACAAAUGUUAACUGUUUCACAGAAAUGAGAGAUUUACUUUUGGAAGAAGCGACAUGCUAUAUCUGGGCCGUUCUAUAAUCAUCAUUACCCUCUUUUUGUUUCUGUUGUGGCAACUGUUACAGAGACUGCAGAGUCAUUGUUUGAAUUACUUCUUUCAUGAAACUCCUGAUAAUCUGUGGUGGUUAAGCAUCAUGCACAGUGCUACUUUCUUGUUCCCAGUCAUACAUGGCUUGUGGACAAUUCUAUCCUACCCGCAGCUUUAUUCAUCAAGUGAGUGAGUUCCAAUUGUAAUGGAUCUUGGCACACUUUGGUUUUCCGACUCUAUUGCUCAGUUGAUAUCUAAUCUCUGUUUUGUUUUAGCUGGUUUCCUCUUAUUUGAAGAUUUCUUUCUUUCACUACUGAUUUUUGCAGAGAACAAUUGCAAGAUAGUGUCUGAGGAACGGGGUCUUGAGGAUAUUGUCCUUGCCAUGGGAAGACAUAACACAGAUGUUGAUUUGGUGGAGGCUGCCUGUUCUGCUCUUUGGUCUCUUUCAUUGGAAGGUAAAUGGAGUACAUAGCAGAUUUACCUUGUUGAAAGUUGGUGUUUGGAUCUAAUGGAAAUCAGGAAUGAAUAUUUAAACAAAUUUACAACUCCCAAAUUUCUCAAAUGCAGAUUAUUUGACUCUCCCAGGUUCAAAUCCUCAUAAGAGAGUUUCUUUGUCCCAUCCACAUUACAAAGGAAUGAUACCUCUCUUUAUUCCAAGACUGAGAUUGUAAUUUGCCAUGUUCCUUAUCCCAUUGUUCAUCCUGAGAAUCUUAACUAUCCUAUACUUUAUUUCUUCCUGAGAAAAACUGUAAUUGCUGUUUUUGAUUGGGUCUCAGUAAUACAAAUGGUUUGAAUCACUAGAUAUUUUUUCUAAUGAUGUAGUCUUAAACUACCUUGCUUAUAGAGGACAAUGUAGAUCUCAUGGAGGACCUUAAUGUUAUUGAUCUGAUUGUGGAUGCCAUCAAAAUGCACAAAAAGGUAUUGAAACAUCUUAAUGGCUGAAGGUGGUUUAACAGUGCUUUAUUCUAAUUACAUCCUAAUAUAACAUCAUGCAACUCUUAAUGUGAUCAGUUCCUGAGAUUAAGUAAAUCGUCAUAUUUAGGUCCAGGGGUCUUUUAUAUAAAACACAAAAUUUUCAAAGUCUUAAUAAAACUGUAAGAUAUAUUUUCAAUAGGGUAUGCAAACAGCAGAGAGGUAAAGUAAAUAAAAAAGAUCAUUUGUACUAUUAAGGAUGGAAAACAUUAAAACAGAACGCAAUUAACAAAUUGGAAAUUUUAGCCUUACUGUGUUAAGUUGCACAAACUUUUCAUGACUUGUUUAAACUUAGUGCCUGAGUCUAUGUUGCAGGAGCCUAAAGUCAUUAAAAAUGCUUGUAUGGCAUUAGCAAGUAUUGUGGAGGCUCGAGGUAAGAGAACAACAGUUUCUUUUUUUCAGUUUUUGUCAACUACUUUGGAAUUUUUUACUGAAUAUGAGGUAAUUGUGAAGAAGAGCUCCCCAAAAAACCUGUCGGCCGACUGUCGGUCAACUGUCGGCCGACAGUUGACCGACAGGUUACCGACAGUCUACCGACAGCUAACCAACAGGUUAAGAAAAGAGAAAAAUUGUUUUAAAAACGAACAGUUAACGUGACAUAACAAUCCGUAAUGGUGAUGUAUGACUCGACAGACUUCACCUACUUACCGAUAGACGGUAAAGUUGAAAGUAUGUGAAGAAACGUUUCUUCCAAAAUGUUGUUAUCAGAUGCGUCUAGAAUAUAUCACUUGCGUAAUUUACAACACACCAGACAAUCUAAGAAUCGCAUUGGAAGAUAAUUUCGACCACUCUAUUUUUCACUGUGAGAAUAGGUGUGGCGUCUGCCAUGUCGACAGUAGGCAAUGUUCGUGUAAUGAACGCCUGCCUCAGAAAAGAAAAAAGACAUCAAAGUCAACAGCCUCCAGUCAACAGCCUGCAGAUACGUCGCACGACGAUCUAAAGAAAAAGUACGAGUCACUGCAAAAGGACUACAAAAGAGUGGGUCAGGCCUUCCAGAACCAGCAGGAACAGAACCAGGAGCUGACAGCGUUGCUAGAGGAACGCGAGAAAGAGGCUGAAGAGCUAGCCAACCUUGUGCGGAACAAGGACGAGGUCGUUAAAAACCUUGAGAGGGGCCUCUUAAACGCAAAGAAGGUCAUCGCAGAACUCCGUCAGCACCCACAGCCUGGCCAACAUACACGAACGAUAUGACCAGGUUCUCCAGACGAUGAAAGAGAACAGAUGCAGCAUGGCCUGUGCCUUCCGUCUUGCAGGCUGUCCUCGGAGCACACUACGAGACUUCCGGUGGCGAUAGCAGAACUGAAAAAGGUCGACUCGAGGGAACUGGACCUCGUCCUCCGCGACCAAGAAGUUAAAUCGGUGCGAGAUCUGGAGGUUGUCUGUCGCAAAAGACUUCGGAGCUACAUCCCGGUCAUGAGCAACAUGAGGAGAGGGGCAGCUGUUGCCAAUGAAGUUCGAGGCACGACUCUACGAGUGAAGUAUCUUGUAUAUUUCACCACUCACAAAACGGCUCCUUUAGGAGCCACCAAAUCUAUGAAAAGCUAUUCAUGUCAAUGUAUUACACAUGUUGGAUGUUGUAUCAAGCGAAAACCGAGAGAAAACAUUAAGGUUUGUGUUAACGUUUUACCGACAAGCUACCAACAGGUUACCGACACAUUACCAACAGUCGGCCCACUGUCGGCCGACAGGUAGCCUAUAUUUCGGGCAAAACCUGUCGGCCGUCUGUCGGCCGACAGACGACCAACUGUUGGCCGACAGGUUUUUUGGGGAGCUCUUCUUCACAAUUACCAAAUAUGAAGCCCAAAAAAUAGUGUCUCUACAGAAUGUUUAUUAUUUACAACAGCUAAAUAAGAUGAUUAUACUUUGUUGCAAUAUUGUAAUUUGCCACUUUCUGUACCUUACUUGAUAAAUUGUGAAUUCUCUUUUGAUUUUAGAGGUCUGUGCUCAUGAGCUGUUGAAAAUUGAAGGACUCGAGAGUAUCAUUGCUGCGUACAAGUAGGUUGAAAGUAUUUUCUUGACUGUACAUGAGCUAAUAAUGUUCACUGGUGUUCUUUAGUGAUCAGAUGGGCAGACUGUUUCACAUCAACUCUUACAAGUUCUAUUUGACAACUCUCUAUUUAACCCUUGCACCUAUUCAUUGGGUCUUUUAAAAAUCUCCUGCAACUGGUCAAAAAGAUGAAGUUUAAAUUAAGACUUGGUUUCUGAAGUAUCAGAAGCAGUUGGGGUUAAGUUUGCAUAAAUCAUUAUAUAUUCUUGUGUAUUUACAUUCAACUAUACCAGGUUUAUGUAUUAAUCAUCACAACAGUUACUCUGGGUGUAAUUCACUGAAGUCAUUUCCUUCAAUAACUUCUACACAUGCAGUCAUUCUCUACCAACACAUUAUAAAUGCGUUAUAUAUAUUUUUAAUUUUGUAGUAACCUCAAAACCAAUGAUGAAGUAGUGGAGAAUAUCUGUGUCCUUUUCACUGAGCUGGAAGAAUAUGGUAAGACAAAGUUACUGCACUUGGUAUUGUUUAGUGUAGAGGCCUCUAAUAAUUUUCUUUUUUUUAACAGACGACAUCAGAGAAGAAAUGAAACUGAAUGCCAAUAUUACUAAAUUGUUGUCUGAAGCUAAAUCCAAUUUCUCAGAUGAUGAGCAUGAGGUAAAGUUACUUAAGUUAUGGACUCUGUUUGUGUAACUUAACAAUGCGAUUCUGUGACACUUUGUGUUACUCUUCAUUGUAAAAAGGUAACAUUUGUUGUGUUGUUUAACACUGGACAUUGUGGUGUGGUGUUGUGUUUCUCCCUAGGACUUAUUGAGGGCUGCAGCAGAUGCUUUAGUCAAGUUAGGAGGAGGUCAGCGGAAUGGUCAACGAACCAGUUCAGCUAGGUCCAGACCCAGAAGUGCAGCAAGGAAAUGCUGAUAGUGGAUACUCUGUCAUGCAAUGCUUCUUUUUUACUUCGUCAUGGGCCAUUAGAAAGAAGCUGGAGUCGAGGUUGAAGUUUUGAGGGCUUUAAAGGACUCUGAUGAAUAUGAUAUUGUCAUCCUUGUUUUGAUUUUCCCUCAUGAGGAUAACCUUGCCCAUUGGUUGUUGUUCUGUUUUCUUUUAUUGUCUACUUGUAAUGUACACACAUCAUGCUCCAAAUUAAUGGCAUUGAUAGCAUACCCCAAUAUUAUGAAAUGCUCAAUAUGAUGAGUUGUAACCAUUGCACCUUUCAAUUUAUCAAAUACAAGAAAAUAUCAAGAGCUUUACCCAUCAGCAUCGAACACUCCUGGUGAAAGUUCUCUUUAAGCAUAAGUGAAGGUGUACUUCAUCAGGAAUCAAACUGUACACUUGUGAAUAGUUUAACAGUCGCACUAAGAUCCAAUUUAAACAGUGUUAUUUUUUUUUUGAUACCUUAUGGUUCUAAAUAUAAGAGGAUUAAACAGUAUAAUUUUAUAUAUAUUUGUUGUUUAAUAGUAAAAAGCUUAUUAAACCUUGAAACCAAGAUAAAAUAACUUUGAAAGGCACAACUGCACAGCCCAGUUUGAACACCCCAAAUUAAAAUAUUUAGAGAUAACAAAUACAGUAGCCUCUAUUUUGCACAAAAAAAUAUGUAUGAAUGUUUGUCCUUGGACAUCAUCUGUUCCUCGAAGCUCACAAAUAUGACAAAUAUCCAUUAUAUUUUUGCACCAAAUAGAGGCUAAUGGUUAUAUAUUCACUCCUUAGAGUGAUGACAAAGGGCUAACACAGUUUUGAAAAUGGUAAAAAUGACCAAUUUAUGUUAUCAACUCAGUCAAUACCAGAUUACCAUAACAAUACAAACAGGCAUUGGAACUCAUUAAGGAGUGACCUCAAUCACUUAAUUGAAGUUAAAAUAACAGUAUUUAAGGGAGAAAAAUCAGGACUUUGACAAAUGACUGCUAAAGACAAGUUCAACUGUAUCAGCAUUUGUUGUUUUCUUUUUCCUUAUUUUACUCAAAUGAAGGCUG